UCGUACUACAGUUGUGAAGUCAGUUUAAUGUGUAUGUCAAUUUUUUGUUAGGUCGUGGGAAUUAUUUGUGAUUUUGUUUCAUUAAUUUGUUAAUUUCAGACCCCUUAGGUCGAGUAUUAUAAAUAAUCAUUGUCGAGAAUUAUAGUAACAGCAUACUAAUUGUUACUAUUGAGGAAUCAAAAGUCAAUCUUACGUAGCAAAUUGUAAAAUAGAAAUCAUGGAGACAUCGUAUCAAGGAGGCGUUACAUAUGACGAAAGCGCAAAUAAUUUCCAGCGCCUUUCCCAAACUGUCGCUAGCAAUAUCAAGAAAAUAUCGCAAAAUGUGUCCUCGAUGUCGAAGAUGGUUAAUCAGCUCCAGACUCCUCAGGAUUCACAAGAGCUUAGAACUCAACUACGUCAGAUCCAGAACUAUACACAAAAAUUGGCGAAGGACACAUCAUCGCUGUUGAUGGAACUGAUGAAGCUGCCCACAGAUCAGAUGGCCCACAAACUCGAGCGCAACCGGCUCAACGACGAAUACAUGGCCACUCUCAAUGCAUUCCAGGCUACGCAACGGUCGGCCGCCCAGAAGAACAAAGAAGAUGUUAAGAAAGUAAAAUCUCAGUCAAUAAACAUCGGCGAUCCCUUCGCAAUGGGAAGUAACAAUAAGGAAUUGAUGGAACUGGGAGACACGAAUGUCCGCAAGCAAGAACAGCUGACGAUGCAGACCGAGAGGGAGCUACUUGAGCUCGAGGAGCGGGAGAGAGAUAUCAGACAGCUCGAGAAUGACAUUAUGGACGUGAACCAGAUUUUCAAGGAUCUCGGCCAGAUGAUCCACGACCAGGGCGUGGUGGUAGACUCCAUAGAGUCCCAUGUAGAAUAUACCACCGAGAACGUCGAGGCUGGACGGCAGCAACUUAGCGAGGCCGCUAAUUACAAGAACAAACUGCGCAAGAAGAAGGUGUUCCUGGGCCUCAUUCUGACAAUAGUAAUUUUGAUUAUUCUAAUCAUUAUUUUCAAACAUUGAGACAGUCCGAUCACAUUACGGAACACUUGCUGAGCUUUUCUAAUGUAAAUAUAACUGUAUUGAAUACAAACGUGUAUCCUCUUAUUAAAUAUGAUUGUUGAUUCAAAUGUUCUCAUGUAGCCGGUGGUAAGAAUUGGCUAUAUAUAUUUAGAAUGUUCGUGAUAUGGGAAUAAUAGCUGAGGUAAAUAUAUGUGUUUUAAUUUAGUCAACACCAAAUAUUUUGUAUGUAAAUUUAAAUUUUCUGUUAACUCUAUACUUUAAUGUGUUGUAUAUAAAUAUAAUGGUCCCAUAAACAAAUAAAUGAAAAGAAAAUAUAUACUCUAUGUAUAGAAAUAUUUCGUAUUGUCGAUGACAGUGUCAGUUUAAUGGCAAAAAUAUUAAUACUAGCUUAAGAAAUUUUGAUACAUAAUGAAUGUAAUGUCGUUCUUUACAGAACCAAAAACAAAUUCAACGAGUCCUUUAUAAAUUAAAAAAGUUAGGAGUAAAAUUGACUUUUAUUUAUAUCUUAGGACCGAGAAAAGCCUAUUAUUUAUACUAGAAAAUACAAAAUAAUGAAUAUCAUUUUAUUUAAUGUAUUGAAACAUCACAAGUGUUUUCAACCAACAUUCGCCAUGUUUAGCAUACUCCAUUCCAAACGAGACAAUAGUAAAGCAAUGGAAAUGUCAUUAUAUGACUAAGCUGAGUAUGUCAAAAUAAUAGCGUUUAAUGUUUUCAUAAAUCAUUUAUCAAUGCAAUUUUCACUUAUACAAUUGUUAUGCCUAACGAACUUAAUCUUCGUGGUACAGGGCAGGCUUGUCAAAGGGAUUUGAUGAGUUCUUUAUUUUAUUUAUUCUUUAUUGUACACAGAAAAAAUUACAACAUAUAAUAUAUAUAUAAAAUAAAGAUGUACAACAGGCGAGCUUAACUCUGUAAGAGUUCUCUUCCAGCAAACCCUGAGUGGAAAGGAGCAUUAAUUAUUAGCGGGCAGAGUUCUAUUCUCGUUCGGUACAAUUUCGAAAUUAGCUUUUUUUAAAAUUCGCCCCGGCCUUGGUAUUCUGGGUUGACUUAAUAUGUCUAUGGUCUUGUUUCUCAUAACAUUGGAUGUUCUUACUCGAGAUGCAGGUAGUCUGUGUAGUUGUGUAAUACGUAUAGCUAAUUCUUACCACAGCACUUAUAUAUGUAAAAGUUGUAAGAGAAAGAGUGUAACAACUCGAAAUGUAAACAAUAUGUAAUCUAGAUAAAUUAAAAUUAAAAAUAAAAUGUCGUUUGUUGAUAUGAGCAUAUAUUUGACUUGAUUUGGAUAGAACAAGAUUUUACAAAUCAGGUAGUUAUUAUUAUUAAUCAAAAUAAAUAAUUGAGCACAUUUACAAUAUUUGAUUUCUUUAACAAAUUUAGCAAACUAUGUUUAUUUUAAUUGUAAUUAUAAACUCCAAUGAAUGUGGUUCUAGACAAGAAUUAUAUUAUUUUUCUUAUUUUA